UUUGCCAGUUUGUCCAAUCAAGCUGCGUAUUUGACAAUGAAGACUUUACUGGUAAGGCCAUUCACCAAUCAAACUUGUUAGUGGGCGGGACUUGUUGCAUUGUUAAAAAAAAACGGACGUGAGGUGUUAUAUCGGCUUCAUGCACCUCAAACGUUUGUUUGUGGACCGCCAUUAUACGCAUAGAAGAAGGGUUGGUGUAACGUUAACGUGUGUCGUCGUCCUAGUAGCAGUGAGGCUCUGCGUUAACAUAAAGAUGGUGAAGAUCUUUAUUGGAAACCUCCCUAACGAGGUCGAAAAAGAUGAGAUUGAGGCCCUGUUUACUGAACAUGGCACAGUGACAGAAUGUGCAAAGUUCAAAAACUAUGCCUUUGUCCACAUGGAUGACCGCAAGUCUGCAACCAAAGCCAUCCGCAGCCUGCACCUCUUCAAGCUUCAUGGCAGGCCAAUCAAUGUGGAGCCGAGCAGGGGGAAGAACCAGGGUCCAGUGAAACUUCAUGUGGCCAAUGUGGAGAAAGGCAACGGCGAUGAGCUCCGCACCCUGUUCGAGGAGUAUGGAACAGUGACAGAAUGUGCCAUCAUAAAAAAUUUCGCAUUCAUCCACAUGUCCAACUCAGAUGAGGCCAAGGAUGCCAUAAAGGGAUUAGACAACACUGACUUCCAAGGCAAACGGAUUCACGUUCAGAUGUCAAAAAGCCGUCCCAGAGGGGAGGAAGAGGAUUACGGCCCCCCACCAGAUAGGGGUGGAUACUGGCCACCACCCCGUGGCUACCCUGGGGACAGGGGUCUUCGUGAGCCCCCUCAUUACAGAGGUCGCAUGUCAGGGGGUUACCCUGGCCCCCCUCCACCUCCACCUCCCCCUAGAAGAGCUCCUUACCCCCCAGAGCGUGCUUAUGAGCGUGAGAGGGAAAGCUACGGGGUGGUCGAUUACUAUGAGAAGUACAGAGCGCGCCCUGCCCCUUACGGUGGCCUUUCAGGCUAUGGAGAUGAAAGGCGUGUUGGCGCCAUACCCCCUCCACCACCACCCCCUUCUGCCAUGGUUAGGGAGCGCCUUGGGGCCUCCUCCCUCAACCCGUACGAGCGGCGCCCCCUUCCUCCUCCGUCCUCAUACUAUGCCCGUGAUCGCAGUCCCAUCAGAAGACCCCCUCCCCCCAUGCCCCCCGCAGGUAACGGCUACUCCUAUGAGCGCUCUCGGCUCUCUCCUCUGUCCAGGCCAGCGAUGUACAGCGUACCACGUACCAGAGACCCCUAUGCUGAGAGGGUGCCUCUGCCCCCUCCUGCCCGCUACUCGUAUUGAAAGCACACUGGUGCUUGACUCAAGGGUUAAAUUAUCCGACAAGAUCGUCGUCUCCUGAUGCACGUGGCACUAUACCCCCCCUUCGUCUGUGGCGUUGCGUUCACCUGCGACUUACUGGAAGAUACUCUAUUGCUUGCGGCCACCCAUACAAAAAAAUACGCUUUUGUCUACGGUUUCGUCCUCUUUCUUGAACUGUUUUACAUUUGUUCUGCUUGAUUUUAUUGUUCGAGGUUCAUAAGCUGUUUUGGGGCAAAGGAUAAAGGCAGAGGGGGUUACUGUAUUUUUGAGGUGUUAUUCUAUUUUGAAAUGACACAGUACUCCUAAGGGCUCUAUGUUGGCCUAAGACCUAACAUAAAAUUUCUUCCUUCAUAAAAUAAUUUUCAUGGAUACAAACCCUCUAAACUGUGAUAUUCAUGAAGGGACUAUUUGAAUGUUUAUUAAAUAGCAAUCCAUGUAAUUUUGGUAAACAUGAAUGUUACGAAGAUUCUGCAGAUGUCUUUUUCAGAGCUGUACCUAGCUUCAGUUUGAUUAAUAAACCACACACUCAUUUGCAUAAUUAGUCCAACAACGUGUUAGUGUAAUAUCGCUUUAACUGGUGUGAUCUUGGUUUUGGGUGGUACUUACCAGUAUUCAAGACGUUUUGCGACGCAACUGUUAGCGUAGUGAUUUAACUACCUAUGCAAAUUUGAUUUGUUAGACAUUUUGUGUUCAAUUAUAUGCCGAUUUACAUACCUAGAUACCCCAAAGCUGCGUUUUAUGUAUGGUUUUCUUUUCUUUACAGAUGCCAUUUUUGAUUUCAAAGCUUUUUAAUAAACAGAUUUGAACUAUCGUCACUUUGAACUUCCCCAUCUUUCCUCGUUAUUAUAGGCGCUUCAUGACGAUGCUCAUUGCAGUCAGUGAAAGCCAAUAUGCAGCAGCACUAACUUAAUCUAUGGCAUUUCGGUCCAUUCUGAAAAAUACGCUUUUCAAUGUUUAAUUUAUAUUCAAAGUAGUGGGGAAAUUACCCUCAUCUUUGCGAUGGCAAGUAUUAUCUCUUGCGAUCUCUGAAGGUGCUUAAUUUUACAAUGUCAUUUUCCAUCUUUCAACCACUGCAUACCCCACCAUGUUCUUCACCAUCAUUCUCUUAAAUAAAUGUAAUAUUUUGGCUCAGUGAUCUAACUAAUGCCCUCUCCCAUGAUACAUAGGACAAUAAGCCCUGGUAUGCUUAGCACUUCUGCUUUUUGUAGGUUGUUAGAACCAUGAUCUGUGGAUAGGUGUUGUGGACACAAUGUAGGAGACGGUCGUGCUGUCUUUUGCUGUAUCCUACGAUAUGGACAUGUGGAGGUAAUUGUUCAAUUAAGGUCAUUUAUACAGAACUAAGAUUUAUUGUACUUUAAAGGUGCUACAAAGGAUAGAUUUUUUUAUUUUUUGCAUUGUAAAUUUCAGAUUUUCAUUAUCUGCAGUAAUAGUGGAAUGAUAGUGUUUCACAGUAUUACAUACCCACCAGUGUGAUUUGCUGUGCUAUUCGUCUAUUGGUUUCCCCGCUGAAGCGGAACUUGUCAAAAUGGGAAAGCUGUUCUGACUUUGGCUGUUUACCUAGUGGAAAUCCCUCUGUCAUUUCCUGGUUGGUAAAAUUCUACACUGUUCGCUCAAUUUCAGUUUGUGAAAAUAAGCCCUGAAUAGUGAAGCGACUCAUUGUACAAUCUUAAUCGCUGUGAAAAAUAUUUUCAGUGAAACAAAGGUUCAGCUUCAAACAGAUGUACAAACAAUUUUUGUUUUUGAUAUUUUGCAGUGAUUUAGGUGGUCAAAGUCAAACAGCUUUCCCAAAUGAUAGGCAAAUGUCACAGCCAACAUUAGCGGGUAAGUUUCAGAGUAUCAUUCCACUAUUAGCAGCAGAUAUAUUAUGGAAAUUCUGAAAUGACAGUGCAACAAAAAUAAAAAUCCUAUGUUUUAGUACCUUUUUUAAAUUCCCAUUUGAUGACACUUUGCCCAUGCUUAGUAUCCUUUUCUAUCCAACUGAUUCUCCCAUCUUAUUGCUCCAAUCCCCCGUAUCUCGGCCUCUUGUUCUUGUCUUGCACAAGAGGUUGGUACGGACGAGGAAUUCUGCUAGGGAAGGUAUUGUGAAAUUAAUUUAGCAGGAUACUGUAACCAUCUAGGUAUCAGUAAUGAAAUGUUGGAAUAAGUGUCAUGUUGGAUGUACUAAAUUUAUUUUUGUAAUUGUAUGGAUGAACAGACUUCCCCAAUGCUUAGUAUGUCCUUUUUAAUGAUAUUUGCCUUCCAUCCUAUUUCUCCCAUCUCUUCCUCUCUAGGCCAUGGUCUUCUUUCCAGUGGUUGGUACAGAAGUGGACUUCUGGUACAGAAGUGGACUUCAGCUCCUCUUGAUAUUCUGACACGGCUCUUCAGGGUUAUGUAUGCUGUGAAUGGGUGCCACCACUACCAGAUCGGUCCUUAUGCAGGAAGUGCAAUGGCCCAUCAUGGUCAGACAUCUCUCUGUGCCAUUUUGUGCCUUAGGUUUAAUAUUUCAGUGAGGUAAAAAUAAAUGCAUCUCUUCAGGCCUCCCGAGUGGCGCAGCGGUCUAUCGCAGUGUUGCGGCAUCACUACAGCCUGGGCUCGAAUCCCAGGCUGUGUCACAACCGGCCGUGACCGGAAGUCCCAUAUGACGGCGCACAAUUGGCCCAGCGUUGUCUGGCUUAAGGGAGGGUUUGGGGGCGAGGCUUUACUUGGCUCAAUGCGCUCUAGCAACUCCUUGUGGCGGGCCAGGCGCCUGCAAGCUGACUUCGGUCGUCAGUUGAACAGUGUUUCCUCCGACACAUUGGUGCAGCUGGCUUCCGGGUUAAGCGAGCAGGUGUUGAGAAGUGUGGCUUGGCAGGUCAUAUUUCUGAGUAUUCGACUUUUGUCUCUCCCAAGCCCGUUGGGAGGAUAUCAUGAAAUUGGGGAGAAAAAGGGGGGUAAAAUUACAAUUUUUAUUUUAUUUUAAAUAAUCUCUUCUUUCUUCAGGAGGGACUUGGGCAGGACCAGCUUGAAGAAAGAAUACUGUCUGACUGUUGCCUAAUCAUUUGCUGACCAGAUGAGACUCCUUGAGUUGAAGUGGCAUCAGCAUACUGUUGUCCUUGAUGCUCACCAUUUCUAUGUACUGUCACCAUUAAAGUCAUAAGUUGUGAACAAUUUUUACUGUUGCCAUCAGUGUUGCUUUAGCUUGCAUGCUCAACUGCAGAAAUAUUACUUGAACGCACUGAUUUUCAAAUGUAUUUAUUUACCAAUCUAACUACCAAAAAUGAAUAAAUUAUUUUAUAUGUA